AUGCAACAGGGAGAUUACAAUUCCUUUUACCACCACCAGUACCCUCAAUUUCCAAAUCCUAAUCCUAAUCCCAAUCCCAAUCCUAAUCCCAACCCAUCCGCAGUCGCUGAUCCAAUAGAUCUGUCUAGGAACACGUACGCGUCAGCUCCACCGUAUACCGACGGUUACAGAACGGCCGAUUACUCUAAUUAUGCUCCUCCUUCAGCUCCGGCGACGUCUUUAAACCCUAAUUCUUACUCCGCCUUCAACCAACCGCCAGCGAUUCAUCCACCAGCGUCAUCUUAUGGAUCAUUCGAUUCCACAGCCACGUAUCAGCAAUCUACCACGCAACCAAUGUAUUAUCCACCGUAUGAUCAGCAUCAGAGCUCUGGAUACCCUCAUCCUCCUCCUCCAUCUGCUGCCGCGCAAAAUCCUUCCAUUUACUCAUCCUCCUUGUACUCUGCACCUCCUUACACUGGCGGAGAAUCUUCCCUUCCUCCUUCAUAUGAGAAACCGCCUGUGAGAUUCGAUCAACCUGCUUAUGGAGAUUACAGAUCUGAUAUAGGAUCAGACCUAUACGGUAAAAGAUCUGAGAGUGGACGAUAUCAAGAUAACUAUGGCGACGGCGUCUAUGCUUAUCAAGGAGGUAAAGUGGAGCCAUACGGGUCUCGUGGCACAAAGCCGAAGUCAUCUAAUUCCACUUUGUUCGAUGAUUAUGGACGUCCCAUUAGCCUCUCUUCAGGUAGAGACUCCUCUGCUACCUCGAAUUCCGCCAAGAUUGUAAGAGCUGUCCCCAAGACUGAUGAUGUGAAGGAAGAUAGCGCCGGUGGUGUCCAGAAGUUUCGUGUUAAAUUGUUGGCUGAGACUUACGGACAGACCACAACUGAUGUUCUUUGUCUGAUUGGUUUGGAUGGCCUUCGUAUGCUUGAUCCAAGUACUAGCCGAAUUUUGAGAAUAUAUCCUCUUGAGAACAUCACAAGAUGCGAGAAACUAGAUUCGUCUAUUUUGGCUUUUUGGUCUAAGACUCCGGUAGAUAUCGAUGCUAAGCGUAUCAGACUGCAAUCAAAUAGUUAUACCACCAACGCACUUCUGGACAUAGUGACAGCUGCAAUGUUUCAGGCUAAGGAGAUUGGGGGAAGUAGCAGACCUCCUACCUCUGUAAAAAUGAUGGAGCAAACUGUUGAGAAGAAGAAAGGGUUGGGUGAUUGGAUGAACAUUAUAAAGCCUGUAAAUGAGGAGAAAGAUCAUUGGGUUCCAGACGAAGCUGCUUCGAAGUGCACGUCAUGUGGGUCAGAUUUCGGUGCAUUUAUGCGAAGGCACCACUGCCGGAACUGUGGUGAUGUCUUCUGUGACAAGUGCACGCAAGGUAGGAUUGCUCUCACUGCAGAGGAGAAUGCUCCUCAAGUCCGUGUCUGCGACCGAUGCAUGGCAGAAGUGUCACAAAGGUUGAUUAAUGCCAAGGAAUCUGCUAGCAGGAACGUGAAUGUACAGAGCCAUGAGGACCUCGCUAGGAAGUUACAGGAGGAAAUGCAGAAAAACCGAAAGUCUUCAUCUGGUUCGAGGGAAGGGUCUGGUAGGAGGAUGAAGGAAGUAGCUUGUCCAACAUGCACAGUGCACUUGCAGGUUCAGGUUCCAAUCUCAGGAUCAGAGACCAUCGAGUGCGGUGUUUGCCAAAACCCUUUCCUUCCAGAUACAUCACCAUCGCCACCUAAGCCACCUGCCCCAUCGCCAAAACCUAGCCCACCCAAACCACCUGACCCAUCGCCAAAACCUAGCCCACCCAAACCACCUGCCCCAUCGCCAAAACCUAGCCCACCCACACCACCUGCCCCAUCACCACCUAAGCCAAAGAACAAAACCUUACCGGCAGUGUUUUUCUUUGGUGAUUCCAUCUUUGACACAGGAAAUAACAAUAAUCUAUCGACAAAGCUAAAAAGUAAUUAUCGUCCCUAUGGUAUGGAUUUUCCUAUGGGAGUCGCCACCGGUAGAUUCAGCAACGGAAGGGUCGCUUCCGAUUAUAUAUCCAAAUAUUUGGGAGUAAAAGACAUUGUACCGGCAUAUUUAGACAAUAAACUACAACAAAACAACGAACUACAACAAAGCGAUCUACUUACGGGCGUCUCUUUUGCUUCGGGUGGUGCUGGCUACCUUCCUCAAACAUCUCAAUCAGGGAAAGUAAUACCAAUGUUGGACCAGUUGAGAAAUUUCCAAGACUACAAAAAAAGAAUGAAGAAGCUAGUAGGAAAAAAAAAGGCUAAACACAUAGUGAGAAAAGGAGCAGCCAUUGUGAUCGCAGGAGGCAAUGAUCUGGUUUUUACAUAUUUUGGAAGUCGUGCUCAACGCAUCAAAAAUGACGUCGACGCUUUUACCACCAUGAUGGCUGAUUCUGCUGCCAGUUUCGUUUUGCAACUGUAUGGAUACGGAGCAAGACGUAUAGGAGUGAUCGGAACACCACCACUUGGAUGUACACCUUCACAGAGAGUUAAAAGGAAAAAAAAAUGUAAUGAAGAUAUAAAUUAUGCUGCUCAGCUUUUCAAUUCGAAGCUCUUACUUACUAUGGGUCAACUGACCAAAACCCUACCAAAUUCUACAAUUGUUUACGGGGACAUAUACUCAAUCUUCAGUAAGAUGAUAGAAAGCCCUGAAGACUAUGGGUUUGAGGAGAUAAAGAAACCUUGUUGCAAAACAAAAUUGAGGGGAGGACGUGUACUCUGCAAAAAGAGGACAUCAAAAAUAUGUUCCAAUACAUCGUCUUAUCUGUUUUGGGACGGUAUCCAUCCCAGUCAGAGAGCGUAUGAAAUAUCAAACAGAAAGCUUGUAAAGAAAUACAUCCAUUUUACCUGA